AUGACAAGCGAUAGUUAUGAAGACAUCAACGAUGUCCUCGACGAUGUUAUUGUGAAGAUCAACCGAAUCACAGACCAUCUACGAGUCUCUGGAGAGAAUGAGGCAGCCAAUCAGUUCACUCGAGACAUGACUACAACCUUUCGGGCUCUUUACAAUGUCAUCGCACCUUGGGACAUGGAGAAGUGCUUACUACGUGCCUCGCAAAACGCCCACACGGCAGGCACGAUAAGUUCAAUCAACCGAGCGCUUGCGACUCCGUCUCCUGGGAAUACUUGGGCAUCAAUUGCUGCCAAUGAGCCCGUAGCAGAUCAGAAUGGUAUCAUCAAGUUUCGGCCAAGCGAUUCAGUGAAGCGUACAGUACAACUUCCUGAAGCGAAAGAGCAUGCACACGAUUCUCGCGAUAGGCGAGUCGUAUGGAUCAGCCCGUGGCCACAGAAUCGACCUCUUGCUGAGGUGUCACAACAAAUUUUGGAAUUGGGUGCUAUAUACUCGAUGGCGUUCGUGCCUGAGGAGCAGGCGGUUUGCAUCAUAUUCCAGCAUGCGCGCUGCGCUGUUCAAUUUAUGCACAAUUGCGCCGGCCACAUUGGUCGUACCGGAAACAGUCCAUUAGGAAAAGAUUACAGCAUAUUCCCUGGCGUACCGUAUCCACUUAACGAUGGACUGCGCCGAAUGGACAACCCCUACAAUGAACGACGAAGGUUGACCUUCGCCAGGUCUCAGCUCUUCAGCAAUGGGAUUUCGGAGUCACGGUUCCGCAAUGACGUUGAGCAGAUCGUGGGAGCAUCAAACAUCGAAUUACUCUGGCUUUUCAAUACAGGAAAUGCCACGGUCGUGUUUUCGGCAGUUCCUCUAGCUAAACUCGUGAAAGACAAGUUCAACCAGUACAGCCGGACAUCUAAGCAUCCUUACGAGGGCGUGAAAGUUAGCUACUCUCACGAUCCUUGUGAGCGAGAUUUGCAUCUCGUUUCACAGAUACCUGGACAUGCCAAUUUCAUUGGCAGUAACGGCACUGGCCGGAAUUUCGCGAGCUCGCGCUCGAUGCGUUCGAACACCGUCUCCAGCGAGACUUCGGGUAGAUUAUCCAUAACGCCUUCCGACUACCAGGUUGCUCCAAAGCGCCAUAGUACUGUUUCGAAGGUCAAGGUUGAUGAGGAUGGUUGGCAGACAGUCUCCAAGAAGAAAAAAUGA